GCCCGCCUCCACCCGCACCACGCUCAUCGCUACAGCCUACAGCGGCGCGGCCUCGCCUCACCCACCCACCUCAGCGGCGCCCGCCCGCCGAAAAGGAAGAUUCCGAGGAAGAAGCGGCGAGCGAUCGGCUGAAGAUGCGGUCUCCGCGGCCGGCGGUCCUGCUCUCCGCGGCCGCGUGGCUGUGGAUGCUCCUGUCGGCGGCCGGCGCGCUGGCGGACGGCAACGGCAACGGGACGGUGUGCCUGUGCACGGGCCCGCAGUGCGUGCCGCCGUGCCCAGUCACGGGGACGCCGCCGACGACGUCGCCCACGCAGUUCCCCUUCUGCCCGCAGCGGCCGCCGGCGGUCGGACCCUUCCCGUGGGAGCAGCAGCCGCCGGCGUCCCCGAGGUCGGGGUCGGGGUUCCCUCAGGACGCGGGGUUCCUCGCGGCGGCAGCGGCGAGCCCCACUAGCCCGGCGGCGACGCGGCUGGCGGUGGCCGCCUUGUGCUCUGCUUUCCUGCUGCUCCUGCACUAGUGACCCUCCCUCUCUCUAGUCUCUAUGGCUCGCCCACCCAGCCCUGUAGAUUGAUGGAUGUACUAGCUGCGAGUUCAUCAGGAGGCGCUGUCUGAAUCUAUAUGUAUGUAAUUCUAGGUCUUGAUUUCAAUUCAGUAGGCUAAUAUGAAGGAACAAUCUGAGAAGGAUUGGUUGGGAUCCACCUUUCUGCAUCCUGUUCUUGUUGCUCUGAUUGAUUUGUUCACUCAUGGAGGCCAUAACUUUUAACUUUUCGUUGCAACUGAAUUCUGGGGCUCUGCAAGAUCUGAUAAUAAUAGAGAUAGAGUACUGCCAUUUGGGUCUGUGUAUGAUUGGUGCUUUAUGAGAUGUUGAGAUGAUGCAUGGUCUGGAACAUGCAGCAUAUAUUCUUUCUUGAGAA